UUUGCUGAACGCGCAACCGUGCAAAAGCAAAAGGGGCAACAUAUUCGCAUCCUAGCCUACUGCGAUUUUCUCGUUAGCUUCGUGAAACCGGAAAUUUCGGUGUUAAAAUUAGUGAAAAACUGUUCCAAAGUGUCUGCGACGGACGGCCGGAGGUGGCCAGCAAUAGCAGAUUGCACCAGUGACCGCCGGAAGUGGUGCGUUCUAGGGGUUUCGGUCGAGUUUCCUGAACCUAGACUCCGGAGACUUGGGAAUCGAACGAACAAGAUUAAUACCGUGGAUGGUGGCUGGCCUUUCUCUGCCUCGGGCUUUUGUUGUGUGAGUGUGUGUGCGUGGGAUAGGUUUUUCUUUUUGCCCUUCUUUAUUUCGUCGGUUUGUGCUAUUUCGGAUUCGAGAAGAACCGACGACCGACCGGGAGGAAGCAGCAAUCCAACCCACAAAACGGGAUCGCUGGCUGGGUUCCGUGAAUCCGGAAUGUCCACCUGGGAUGGUUACUUUGAUGAUUUGAUGUAACUGGGGGGGAUUGGUUUUUUAAAUCACACAUAUUGAUCUGCUUACAAAUUGGGAUGCCAGUUCCCGGAAACAGUUGAACCGCGGAUAAUCCAGGAUACGGAAAUCGGUACUAAGUAACUUGUCCUCUAUCUCGUUUUCUACGGUGUUUGUUCCAGAGUUCAGCGGGUGUUGACAAAGAAGAAAAUCGAGUCGAAUAACGUCGGCCCCUCGUCAUCGUCAUCGCCAUCGACGAAGUCGACGCACGUGUUGUAUGUGUGAAUUGUCUUGUUUUUGUUUUCCACGAUCCACCGAGGAGAAGAUCCGGAGCCAGCAUGAAGACGGCCCUCCGAAAAAAGUAUAGCUAGGCGCACAUUAUUUGGGAAGAAGAGCCUAGAAAAUCUAUAAGUGGCGAAGAGUUUAUGCAACGGGGUCUCCGAGUGUAGGUUUCCCACUGGUGAUUUCUCGUAACUAGCUUUUGGGGGUUGUUCUUGAGAUCCUCUUCUCUGAAGUCGGUGUAUACGCGUUUUUGCUAUUCCGAAUUGUGUAUGUUUUGAGCCCACGGAGGAGUUUCUUAAAUUGAAGAUUAAAGCUCUCGGCGUCGUCGGGUUAAGUGGGCUAGCUUGAAUAGUGAAACGGAAAUUGCGAAUUGUUGCUGGCAGUUUGGAGAUUUUUCGGUUCUCCCAAGCGAAGAAAAAUAGCCGGUUUUUGUGUAAAUGUGCGCGCAUUUUAAAUCAGUGCCGAUGACGGUGUGAUUAUCGCGAAGUUUCGGAAGAAUGUGAAGUGUAGCUCGGAAAACGCGCGAAUUUGUCUCUCCUGGCAUAUUAUUUGAAUCAACAACUUACGAUCGUGACGGGCAGUUUUGUGUGUUUCGAAAUUGAAUGGGGCAACCGAAACGGCAUCGGGCAUGUGAAGCAAAAUGAGCUAACGAGCGUGAUUGGAAGAUGGCUCAUCACCAAACUGACAUCCAUGAAAAUCUAGCAAGAGGUAAUGACAUAGGUGCUGAUCAGCAACAGAUAAACAAGACAAGUAAUUUGCAAAAUGGAACCGAUCCUCAGCAAGGUGCCAAGCAUUAUCAAAACAGUCCAGUAAUGGGUGGGGAAAAAGCUAAAUCGCCAUCGGGUGGGGCACCUGGAGGAGGCAAUGGUGCAGCUACGGGACCUCCAUCAUCGCCAGCCUCGGGUCCACCCCAUCCUCCACAUCCGGGUGCGGAAGGUGCACCUGGAAUGCAUCCCUAUGACUCUUCCGGGCAUCAUAUGCCACCUGGCGGCAACGCUGGACCAGGAGAUCCGAACAGUAAUAGCAAAGACGUUGAUAUGCAGCACCACCCUCAUCAUGCUCUGCAUCAACAUCAGAUGUAUGGGCAACCGCCAAUGCAACACCAACAAUAUCCAAGGUAUCACCAUGACCCCAACAUGCCCCCGGGAGGGCCAGAUCCCUACGCACAUUAUCGCAUGAGUGCGGCACCGGGAGGCAAACCGGGAUCAAUGGUACCCCCGGGUCGUCCGGGUCCGCCACAAAGAUACCAACAACCAGGGCAGCAUCCAGGACACCCAAGUCAACAAACGCAGGGUCCUACACCUACUCUGAACUCGCUGCUUCAGUCGCAUCCGCCACCCCAUCCGCAGCACCGUUACCCGAACAACUACGAUCCGAACCAACCUCAGCAGCCGCCCUCGGGUCAACAAUCCGGUGGGGGACCACAGCAGCAACCACCACCGGGACAGCCGCCCCAAUCUUACGGGCACCAGCCCGGAGGUUGGGCACCGCCACCUCGACCCUACAGUCCCCACGGGUCCCAACCGUAUCGUCCGCCACCACCGAAUAACAGCGCACGUGGCCAAUCACCAUUCCCUCCUGGUCCUCCAGGGCAAAAUCCUGGCAGUUACCCCCCGCCACCUCAACAGCCGCCUACUACUCAAGCUUCGGGACCGGCUGGGCCAGGCAGCCAGCAACAACCAGUUGGUGGUGGUCCUCCACCGCCACCCCCCGGCGGACAGCAACAACCCGGAAGUCAACCACCCCCGGGUAGUCAACCGCCCGGAGGACCAACAGGUGGUGGUCCACCCCCGCCGCCACCAACCCAUUCGGUCGGGCAAGGACCGCCGCCGCCGCCACCGGGUGGCCCCCAGCAACAGCAGUAUACUCCCUACCAGCAGCAGCGAUAUCCUCCGACGCCGCCGGGGCCAAAUUCGGCCCCGAAUCAUCGGUCCCCAUAUCCGCCGCCACAUCAGUACGAGCCGGUAAGGUCGUGGCCCUCGCCGGCCGCUAGUCCCGGGCCCGGUGGACAAUCGCACAUGCCGCCCUCGCCGCAUGGUCCACCGCAAAGCCCGGGCCAGCACGGUGCCCCGAGUCCUUCGCCGCAGCCGCCCCAGCCCGCUCAAUCUCCACAUCAGGUAAGUUCAAGAAAACCGUAUGAAACCUGCGACACACAAAGGAAGCAGCCAGCCAGAGGUCAGCGGCCAGGGGAGGGGAAAGGAACAAGUGAAGAUAAGGAACGAAGGUAGAUGGGGGAAAACACCUGAGUGAAGAUGCAGGAACAGCAGAUUCCGUGGGCUCAUCUUCUUUCUCGAAACCAGAAGGAGGCCGAAGAAAAAAAAAAAAUACGGUCAAGGUCGAAGGACAAGGACACCGUCGACCACUACCGUGUGAUGUGAUGUUGAUGUUGCUGGUGCCUCUAAGUUAACGGUUUCUAAGGGAGACAGGGGAAAAAAGCGUGAAGAAAAAAGGUGGAAUUUGUUUCCCGAGUUUUGUUUUCGUUUAAUUUUUUCUUCCUUCUUCCGAGAGGGUUCCCUGGGUUCGCAUAGGGUUUGGUGAUGUUGCUGGUGAGCAUUAUGCCGCAGUCAAAACAAGUGCAAAACGAGGAAAACCCAUGUGAAAACCGGUGCUAGGGCUCAAUCCAAAACAAGUGUAUACUCAAGAUAGAAAACGGGUGGAUUCGAGACAUCCCAGGGAGGGGAGGGAACACACAUACCAUUUUAUGGGUAUCAUGGCUUAGAAUGACCAAGAGCCGGGUGUCUCGAAGAGCUUCUCCGGUCGGUGGUGAAUCAUCGAAAAACCUACAACAACCCAUUCACACGAUUUACCGGGCCCGGCGUUGUGAAUCUCGAACCAGGAAUGUGUGUGCGUCAUCCUCAGUGCAAUUUGGCUCGAAUCAAAACACCGGCAAUGAGUGGGAAACAGCAACAACAACAACUAAAAAGUAAACCAACUCGCGAGACAAAUUCGUAAUCGGCCGCGUUCCAUCGAAUUCGUUGGGUUAGGCUGAAGAAGGUUGAAGAGUGAAGAAGGGGCAGGGAUGUGCUUUUUAAAUACCGUCGUUCGGUCUGCCGGUCGGGUUUAAUGGAUGUGUGUCGAGGAGUUGAUAGAGAAGAAAUUUAUUGAAUGGGCCCCGAACGUGCUACCGCUGCUGCCUGAUUGGGAACAAGAAGAAGAAGGAGGACUAAGAGAAGAAGGACCAUGCGGCUACGAAGCAAAAGCCGGAAAAUCGGAAGCAGUACUGGUAGCUGUUAGCAGCAAGCAGCAGGUGGCAUUCAGCUUGUUUGUUUUGGUUAAUUGCUUCCAAUGUGGGAUUCCACCAUUCCAUUUUUUUUUGCUGUUGCUGCUGCUGUACCACAUAGUUCAUAACAAACAAACAGCAAUGAAUGGG